AUGCUUCAACAAGUGACAUCGACAACAGUCACCGGGGCAGAUAUACAGCUACGGGCAAAGUUGCUACUAUUCAGCAUGACAGACGAUCAAUGCGUAUACUGCAAGGGCAAGAUGGAGCAUAGGAUGUGGGUGCAAUGCGAGGCCUGUCCGCAGUGGGUGCAUGUGCAGUGCAUUCCGGAAGAGUGCUUGAGCGGGGGAGAGUAUCCAAGCCGGUCAUCAGACAUUGCAGCGUUUGAGUGCAGUGCGCACGGAACAGCACGGGCGCGUCUAGCGCUCAAGGGCAAGCGGCGGCGGGUCGAGGCGAAGGAGGAGCCGGAGCGGGCGGGAACGCGGCGCUACCGGCUGCGAAAGCGUGGCCCCUUGGACUACAUAGCACUAAACGAGGGCCAGGACGUGCGGUUGCGGCACGAGCACCCGCACCGGGCGGCCUUUCAGGGCUGCUUUACCAAGUGGAGCGGGCUGGGCCGGACUGUGACGAGUGCGGAGCUGCAGCAGAGCUUCGCGGAGCUGCGCGAGCCCGUGCUCGUGGCGGAUCCCGAGCACUCAGGGAUGCAGACGCCUGCGAUGGACGAGCAGGUGCUCGCGGAUGUGCUGGGCGCGGACUACUCUCUCGACGUCAUGGACGUGCAGAGCCAGCAGAACGAGCGCUGGACCAUGGGCCAGUGGAAGGAGUACAUGCACACGGCGCGCGGCGUGCGCGACCGGAUCCGCAACGUGAUCUCACUGGAGGUCAGCCAUGUGCCAGAGUUCGGGCAGCGCAUCAGGCGGCCGCGCGCGGUCGAGGACAACGACCUAGUGGACCUCGUGUGGCCUGUGCAGCCGGCGCCGGAGAUCGGGGCGAAGCCCAAGGUCCAGAAGUACGUUCUGAUGUCCGCCGCGAACGCGUACACGGACUUCCACCUGGACUUCGCCGGCACCAGCGUCUACUACAGCCUUCUGCGCGGCGCGAAGCAGUUUCUUCUCUUCCCGCCGACACCGGCUAACCUGGGCGCGUACAAGGCCUGGUGCGCGGACGACAACCAGGGCCUGAUAUUCCUGGGCGAUCGCCUGCAGGACGGCGUCUCGUUCAGCCUGCGCCCCGGGGACCUCUUCAUGAUUCCCUCUGGCUUCAUCCACGCCGUCUACACCCCCGAAGACUCGUUCGUCGUGGGCGGCAACUACCUUUGCCUGCGGGACCUUUCCACGCACAUCCGCAUCGUGCGCAUCGAACAGGAGACACAGGUGCCCAAGAAGUUCACCUUUCCGAAGUUUGAGCGGGUUAUGGGGCUUACUGCCGAGUGGCUUCUGGAGGGUCUACCCGAGCGCCUGCAGCUUAUCACGCAUGAGCACGCCGUUGCGCUGCUAGACUACCUGCGGGACACGAGGCUGAAAUACAAGCCUGCGCAUUACCACACGAAGAGCACCAUGCUGGCAAGUUUGGAGAAGGCCCUAGAGGGCUGCGAGCCCGCUUCAGGGCCUUAG